AUGCCAACUGUCUCCACUGUCAAUCUCACGGCACCACUCCUCCUCCUGUUGCUAUGGGCAACCAACCCCACCAUGGCAACCAACUGGCUCUCCCUGGCGAGGCUUCCUCGCUCCAGGCCUGUGUCUGGUGCAGCCCCAUGUGCACGGCUGAGGGGGCUGACCCCUGGGCAGGUGGGGGUGUGCAGGGCGCGGGGGGAGGUCAUGGAGUCCGUGCGCAAGGCAGCAGAGAUGGUCAUAGAAGAGUGCCAGCACCAGUUCAGGAAUCGCCGCUGGAACUGUUCCACCACCCCACGUGGGAUCAAUGUAUUUGGCAGAGUUAUGAACCAAGGCACUCGUGAGGCGGCCUUUGUGCACGCGUUGUCCUCCGCAGCGGUGGCAGUGGCUGUGACCCGGGCCUGCACCCGCGGGGAGCUGGAGAGGUGUGGCUGUGACAGGAAGGUCAGGGGGGUCAGUCCUGAGGGUUUCCAGUGGUCCGGCUGCAGCGACAACCUGUCCUACGGUGUAGCUUUCUCCCAGACAUUUGUGGAUGAACCAGAGCGAGCCAAGGGUCUGUCAGCAGGACGACCACUCAUGAAUCUCCAUAACAACGAGGCUGGUCGAAAGGCCAUCCUUCACAACAUGCAGGUGGAGUGUAAGUGUCACGGCGUCUCCGGCUCCUGCGAGUUGAGGACUUGCUGGAAGGUCAUGCCUCCAUUCAGGCGUGUCGGCAUUGGGCUCAAGGAACGCUUUGAUGGAGCCACAGAGGUCCGUCUGACUCGUAUAGGAUCCAGGACUGCCCUGCUCCCCCGUGACCCCCAGGUCAAACCCCCUGCUGCCAGAGACCUUUUGUACCUUGCGCCCUCUCCAGAUUUCUGCCACCUUGACCCUGACAACGGUAUCCCUGGGACUGCUGGCAGGAGAUGUAACGGAACCUCUCGGCUGGCACCAGAUGGCUGCGAGCUGGUGUGUUGCGGGCCAGGAUACAGAGCAGGUCGGGCGGAGGUGGUGCAGCGCUGCUCCUGCAAGUUUUCCUGGUGCUGCUCAGUCCGCUGCCAGCAGUGCAAGAACACAGUCACCAUUCACACCUGCAGAGUGUAAGACAGCCCACACAAGGUCAAACCGACAGAAAGACACGAGCAAAACCACUAGACAGACUCUUCUGCAUACUAGACGAAUUAGAGACGACAAAUUAUCCGCUGGUAGCCUCAGUGUAACUAACCUCCACCGCAGCUGUAGAGAGAAGUUUGACGAUUCUGUUAUAAAAGCUGCAAAGUUAAUGCAAAGAUCUAAAAAGACAAAUAGUAUGAACAGUGACUAAGGCAGGAAGUAAAAUCACUUUCUCUUCUCUUGAACUUACUCAACACUAACUCUGAGACGGACAAGUCGUCUGUCACACACACACACACACACACACAC